AUGGCGCCCGAAGCCUCUUCUGUGCGCUCCACUGAGCGCCUGGAUGCGAGUAUUCCUGGCGCAUUUCUCGAUCCGCGCACUCCGAGCAUAGCUUCCAUCACCACACACCAGACGUCCCUCUCCCAAGCUCUCUAUGAGCGCCGAGCCGAAUACACGCGACCGCGCAAUGUGCGCAUCAAAGUCGGCACGUGGAAUACGGGCGCACAAAAGGGCACAGAACAGGACAUCGGCAAGUGGUUCGUCCAGGGCAAGGGCAUUGAAGAGUCUCUCGCUGGACUAGGCGUGUCGGACUCUGCAGAGCACGGCAAGGGCGGCAGGGAGAGCGUUCCAGCCCAGGAAGCAAGGCACAGCACAUUGGAGCCGACUGUCCCUCAUCACGAAGCAGGCGAGGUGCCAGGUGGAGAAGACAUCGAUAUCUAUGCGCUGGGUCUACAGGAGAUUGUCGACAUCACAUCCGCGGCAGAAGCUCUGAGACCAUACACCGACCCCACCACGGCGAACAAAUGGAAAGCGUCGCUCGAAGCUGUUUUGCCCAAGGGCUAUCAGUUGGUAUCGGAGCAGCAACUUAUCGGCCUGUGGCUAGUCAUCUACGCUUCCCCAGAAGUCCUCCCGCAGAUCAAGAAUGUCAGCACGACAAGCGUGGGCACUGGCUUGAUGGGAUACAUGGGCAACAAAGGUGCCGUGACGACGCGCAUCGUUCUGGGGGAGACAACUCGGCUGGUCUUCAUAAAUUCGCAUCUGGCCGCUGGUGCAGACAAGGCGUCGCUGGACAGGAGGAACUGGGACGCUGCUCAAAUCAACUCCCGAACACGGUUCAACCCUAUCGUAGAUGCCUUGGGGCCUACACAAAACAGCGGCGAAGGCUUGGGUGAAGAGGACUUUGCCUUUUGGUUUGGCGAUCUGAACUACCGUCUCAACGGCAUGCCGGGCGAUGAUGUUCGCCGCUUGCUCACGAUACACACUAAAGACAUGGACAAGGAAGGGAACGAUGGCCGGCCGUCAACCUCUGACGACUCUGCAUAUGGCUCGAAACAGUCAUCUGAGGAUACACGCGAUGCAGUUCCCGAUCCAGCAGAGCUCGAUCCAGCUUCGCUACAAACCACCAUCUCAUCACUACUACCCCACGAUGAGUUACACCAGAUGAUGAAAGGCGGCAAGGCCUUCCACGAUGGGUGGGAAGAAGGCCCUGUUAGAUUCCUGCCGUCUUACAAGUACGACAUCGGCAAGGUUGGCGUUUUUGACUCGAGCGAGAAGCGCCGCUGUCCCAGUUGGUGCGAUCGCAUCCUCUACCGGACGCGAGCCUCUAAACAGCAGUAUGACACUCGAGUCAAAGAUCAAGAAGCAGCACGUCAACAUGAUGAAGAGAUGAAGCUGAAAGGCAUCGACGUGCCAGGGGAGUAUGACGUCAUGUACGAGUACGACCCAGACACCGAUGGCGACACAUACGACGAGUAUGAGGAAAACGAUGACCCAGAGCCUGAGCCAAUCAAGACCAAGGAUGAUCUUGCUGCUGAGCUACUGCUCGAAUACUAUACUACACACAUGCGCGUCCUCAGUUCCGACCACAAGCCCUUGGACGCUGUCUUCAAACUACAAUAUGACGCCGUCAUACCGGAGCUGAAGACUGCCAUCCACGGCGAGGUGGCUCGCGAGGUAGAUCGCCAAGAGAACGAAGGUCGACCGUCGAUCGCAGUAGUGGUAGAACGCGCGACUGGUACUUCCCCCGACGAUCGGAACAAAACAGACAGCACCUUUGAAGGAGUAGACUUUGGCGACGUCAAGUUUGCAAAGUCUUUCCGACGCAAUAUUACCAUCGCAAACACUGGACGUGUACCGGCUACCUUCGGAUUCGCCGAUCGCCCGGUAGACCAAAAUCAACCUGCUGGUCCGUUCCCGUCCUGGCUCUCCGUCACUUUUGACAAAGCGCACGACAAGCUCGAUAAGCCAAGACCAGAUGACAUCCAUCAGUACUUCACACUCGCACCUGCAGACGUUCUCAAUGUUGAACUGAAACUCAAGAUUGAAAGUCUAAACUCAGUACGCAAUCUCAACGAAGGGGAUGCCAUGAUUGACGAAAUCCUUGUCCUACGCGUUGAAAAUGGACGAGACCACUUCCUUCCCAUCCGCGCUCAUUGGCAACCGUCCGUACUUGCACGAUCCAUCGACAAGCUGAUCAAGAUUCCCGAAGGCGGUGUCAGAAAGCUGCAGAACCAGAUACCAGCCCGUGGCGAGGUAAAAUGGAGCGUGCCUAGGGAAGUAUUUCGGCUGACCGAGGCGAUAGAAGACUUGACGGAGCGAACCCUAGCCGAGUGGGAUAUGACCAAGAGCGAUGGAGAGAGGGCGCCGUGGCAGGACAACGCAGGGUGGCCUUUUGUCAAAGGUCGGAGUGACAACGGCCAUGAUCGAGAGGACGAGCUCGCUGACAUCUAUGACGCGCUUGAUUGCGAUACGCCAUUCAUCGAUGCGUUUUACCCAGAGACGCGCAGCAAAGAGCGUGUCGAGAUGUUGGCUGAAGCUCUCCUUACCUUCCUAAAUAGCCUUACAGACGGCGUGAUUACUAAAAGCCUGUGGGAGAAGUUGGAAGAAGCACUAGCUCGCCACGAGAAGGCUUUGAAGACUACACCUUCUCUCGACUUCUCUACUGACGAUGAGAAGAUGACUAUCCUAGAGAUACUGGCAACAGCACCCAACCACAACGCUACGUUUCUUCUCAUCCUCUCCUUCCUCCAGAACAUCGCGAACCAGAUUACCGAGGUAUCCAAGCCCCGUCCAGAGGAUAGCAAUAAGAGAGUGAGCGCGGACAUGAGUCUUCCGUCCAGUCCUCAGGCAAAGAUUAGGAGGAAAACAUUAAGCAAGGUGCCCGAAGUGGCUAUCCGACAACUUAUUGUAAGGAACUAUGCUGUCGUCUUUGCGGAUUGUUUGGUCAAGUGGAAGGACGGAGGAAGGGAGAGAGAUAAGGCGGCUAGAAAAGAGAGGAUGGUUGGAGUAUUGGAGUUAUUUCUGAAGCAGGACUGA